UAGGCACCUAGCACUCUAUGCGAAUGUAAAUAAAUCGAGCACCACACCACAGACCACAAAAAUGGAACCGCGAGUAACAAUUCACAGAUAUUACAGCCGGCAAGCCAAAUAUGCUGGAUCGACUGAUGCGGACUUGGAACUGUGCAUCAAGCACUGCGGUGGCGAUGUGGUCCGCAUCGAGUUAGUAAACCGGCUACAUGGAAUCCAGUUGCAGCGCAAGUUGCGCCGGUUGCUACUGCUCGUCUUCCUGGCCGUCGCCUACUUCGUUGGAGUCUUCGGUUUUGGGAGUAGGAACAUCGGCAUCCUUCAGCCCCGCAUCUUGUAUCCGCUAGUGACCUGUGUAUCCGUGGCCAUCCUAAUGAUCCGCUCCACUCUUAACCUCGUGCAGGCGGAGCGAUUGUUUUACAGCUGGGACAUGGCCCUGCAGACGGAGACGGUGCGGUCUUUUGGAAGGGAAUCGGUGCUGUGCGUCCAGCGUGGUCACAUACAGGACAUAGUGCUCAACGAAGUCAUUGAAGAUUUAGACGUAAAGUACAUGUUGAUAUUACGUACAAAAGGAAGCGAGUUCAAUAAACGGCCCAUCGUACCGUUAUUUAAUAGCCAAUCCCCCUCGGUGGAAUGCCUGCAGCACACAUAUCGCGUGCUUCGUGGAUAUUGGCUUAACAGCACCAAAGACCGAUCGGAGCAAUCCUACAGCAAGGACAAACAGUCCAUAGUGAAUUCGUAGUCCUUAGCCAACUCGCUGAACUGUUAGUUAAAGUGUUCAUUAAGGAUAGAUGCAGCCAUUGAGUAUUAAACGGAACUUACUUGUA